AUGCCUUUGCACGGUAGAUACCGCAACCUCGAUGUACAACCAGAUGAGACAAUGCCUUUCGAGGCAUUUCAUCUCGACUUGCUGGCCGUUGACAUGCAGCGGUUGUUCCUGCAGUUGCUGCAUGAGCGGGCGAAAAACCCGAAAGACCGAGUCUUCGAGUUGGAAGAUCAGGAUGUGCCCCAGUUUCUCCAUUUCUGCUCGGAGGUCGUGGACGUCAUCCACGACUUAGAAGAGGACUGGCUUAUAGCUGAGAUCCGGGAGAUGCUCGAGCAUGUCUGCCUCACGUGGGCCUAUAUGCGUGGUUCCCUCGACCGAGCGAGGAGAGCUGGGCUCCGGCGACUGAACGAUUCGCGCCGGGGGCUCCACACCUACGACCGGGCCUGGGCCAGAGGCAUUGUCAAAGAGCUGGCGCGGGUGACCAGCUGCAGCGCGCAUGCCGCCAUUGAAGCCUUGGUACGCGCCGCCCUGAAGCCCGAAGAUGUCGCACGGCUGCACGUAGAAAAACGACCCAUCCCCCGGCGGACCGAGGAGACCGAGUGCACGAUCUGCGGCGGAAAGCUGGGGAAGAAGCCCGUCUGGUGUAAGGCGCAGUGUGGCCAUAGUUUCUGUUUCCACUGCAUUGAUUCGUGGCAUGAGGAACUCUACGAAAGAGACUCCAUGGCCAACUGCCCUUACUGCAGACAACCGUGGCCGCAUUCUCUAUCCUCUUACCGCACGUAG